CCUCUUGUUUGCCACACUACCGCCCCAUCACCUCCCACUUCCCCACCCUCCCCCGCUCGCCCCUCCUACAUCCGCUCUAAGCCCCCAAUCUUAGUUUCCUUUUCUCCACCUCUUAUUUGGCACACCUGCCUUACCCCUUCCCUAGAACCAGGACAGCUUCGUGCAGCAGGCAUGGCCGAACAGACGGAGCGCGCUUUUCAGAAGCAGCAGGGAGUCUUCCUCUGCGGCGACUACUCGGCGAAGAAGAAGCUGAGGACGCCCGGCAAGGCGGGUAACCGUUACUACAAGAACGUGGGGCUUGGCUUCAAGACGCCCCGCGAGGCCAUCGAAGGCACGUACAUCGACAAGAAGUGCCCCUUCACGGGCAACGUGUCGAUCCGCGGGCGCAUUCUCUCCGGCACGGUGCUGUCGACCAAGAUGAACCGCACCAUCACCAUCCGCCGCGACUACCUCCACUUCGUCCGCAAGUACCAACGGUACGAGAAGAGGCACUCGAACCUGUCGGCGCACGUGUCGCCGUGCUUCCGCGUGAAGGAGGGGGAUCAGGUCAUCGUGGGGCAGUGCAGGCCUCUGUCGAAGACGGUGCGUUUCAACGUGCUCAAGGUGGUGCCCCACGGCUCCGAUGGUGGCAAGACCAAGAAGGGAUUCAGCGGCAUGUAAAGGGUUGAGAGGCCAAGGCCUGCUGUUUGGCAGUCUGAGCCGAAGUUAACAGUGACUGCAAGGACCACUACGGUCACCUGUAGCCAAGAAGGGAAUUUGAAAGUGAAUAUGGGAGCAGCUUAUGGUUCUGUGGCUUAUGGUUAGAAUUCAGCCUCCUGUAUGUCCUGUUUUCAAAGGCAAUGCGGAAUGUUCUAAUGGGUUUGCCAUGACAUUCUUCGAAGGCACGAGCUGAAACAGAAAUAACUAGAGAUAGGCGAG